AUGGCGCCGAUGACGGUGAAGGCCUACCUGCUGGGCAAAGAGGAGGUGACUCGCGAGAUCCGCCGCUUCGCCCUCGACUCACCUGCCCGCUACCUGCCGAUACGGGACAAGAUCGCCGAUCUUUUCCAGGGGCUGCUUCGCAAUUCCGCAGCCGCCACGGGCGCCUUUCAGAUGUACUAUAAGGGUGAGUGGGGGCGGGGGACCAUUAACAACAGGCCAGCGUGGUGUUUUACUUCCAACUCCGGUAUCUUAUUUAUUUGUGCGACAGGAUCGCUGCAAUAGCCUUGCACGCAGAAAGGAGAUUCCGACUAAAGCGUCGGGAAGACAGUACGUCUUCAGACAGUUAUGUCCGUUUCUGACAGCUGCUCGAUCGCAGAACGGACUCCCACGAAAGGUGGCGGAGUCUCCCUCAAUGGAGGUUUAUGAGAAGAGGUUGGAUGGCCACCUGUCAUGGAUUUGAGAAUCCUGCAUCGCAGGGGUUGGGCUAGAUGACCCAGCUCUAUAAUUCUCUUCCAAUUCUAUGAUUCCAUGAAAUCCGGCCUGGGAAACUUUUUUCAGUCACUUGAUCUCCGGGUCUGGGAAAAGCUUCGCUGUGGUUCAAGGUACCGCAACAAGGCCAGGAAAAAAGGUGUUUACCUUUAAAAGGCGCCUCUGCUUUAGUGAAUUGAUAGUCCUAAUGCUUUUCAUGCUAGAUCUGGGAGGCAGGGCUCUGUGUAGCCGUUAUUGCUGCCUGUCGGGCUGAAAUCAACAGGUCAAGGUUUCCCAGACUCCGUUGUGCAGUGGAGAAGCAGUUGGAGGUUUUGUCCAGUGCCUGUGUGCAUAAUAUAUAUUCUUUGCUCAUUAACCUAUCAUAGUUGUCACGCCCUUCUGCUAUACUUGCUCAAACCAGCUCUUAAUCUCUAAACGAAAUAAGAUUUGGAAUUCAGGUCUGUUAGGAAGCAACACACCCUAGUCUAGAAGCCUUACUUGCUAAUGGAAGCUGUCUCUGAUAAUGUUUAAGAAAAGGCACUCUGUACUAGUUCAGAGGCAGUCUUUUCCACUCAGUUUACUCCUCCAGUGUUGAGGCCUGAGCACUAAAACUGCUAUUAGCUAUGUCUCACUAAACCUCAGUGCAGGUAACAACCUCAAUUCACCUGUUGAGGUUGGGUGGGGAAAGGGAAGACUCUAUAGCGUGUGGCUACUCUAAAUCUGGUUUCAGUUGCUCAUUUCUAGUCCCACCAUGCAAUUAUCAUAGUUCUUGUCAUCUCAUACAUACAAAUAACCAAAAAUGUGUGGGUGGCCCAGUUCUUCCCAACUAAUCAGUGCCUGGGAGGGUAGGCAUUGAUCAGAUAGGAAGGUUCUGUGUGGUUGCAUUAUUGAGACUCAUACACAUAGUGCGGUGGUGUGGAAUUUUGCUCUGAUAUGUAUCAGGGGACCCAUGGCGUGAAGCUAAGGGACCCAUGGCGUGAAGUUGCUCUUCAACAAUCUGGGCAAAAAGUAUGGCACACAGAGGAGUGACAUAAACAGCAGAGUCUCCACUGUGAAGAGGGGACUGCCACUGCAGGCGUUAAUAUGGUACUAGCUACUGGUGUCCAAAUUUCUGUUUGGGAACUGUCUAUGUGUUUCCUGAGGGUGGUGGGAUCCCCUUAGUAGUAAGAUAUGACAAGAUAGGAUAUGGAGCUCACUGAUACUUCUCAUAAAUUUAUUUAAAAUAAGUGCCAUUGUGCAAUGCUGCACAGUGACCCAACUGCAACCCAGCUGUAAAUAUUUGUUUAAGCAUGUUUGUACACUUGGGCAGUUACGUCAUACUGGGAUAUUCCUGUAGCAACCAGAAUUUCUUCUAGGGAGCUCUGUUAGCCCUGCAAGUCUUGCACACUUUUCAAAAGAAGUGUUUUUUAAACCACUCAUGACUAUUGGUAUAUAAAGUGUGAGAGAGAACUGCACUGUGUAUUGUAGUUUUCAGAGGCUGAUGUCUGAAUACACAAGAGCGCAGAAAACUAUCAGACUGUUGGUCCAUCUGGCUCACUAUUUCUUAAACUUACUGGCAGAGGCUCGCAAGGAUUUCAGACAGGUCUCCUAGCCUUUACAGCAGCAUUUCUGCAUGCAACGCAGAUGCUCUGUCAUUCCAUUAAGUAUUACUUCCAGAAGGCAACUUGGUAAUGCCUGGGCUUCCCAGUUAUGAGGAAAGGUAGCAAAUUGCUUUUGUACCUGCAUGCAUGUUGUGCACUGUUUUCAGUCCUGCCUGAAGGUCAGAACUGAUUAGCAAUGCCUUAUUUUUUUGUACUACUGACAGUGCAUGCUGCUUUUAAGGUUCUCUUGAAAGGAAUGCCGAUUUCCAUUAAAGGAAACAUAAAUGAAGGCUUUUCUCAUCUCAAGAAUCAGGUGCUAGGAGGUUAUUGUCUGUUGCUGCUUUCAUUAACAAUAAAACCUCCAAUAAAACCUGUCCUGAUCUGGCACAAUGGGAACUGUAGUCCAAAAACAGCUGGAGGCCACCAGGUCUGGGAAGGCUGCUCUUUUUAAUAGCUUUGUAUAAAUCACUGCCUAAAGCAUCGGUGCAUCUUUACUAGAGAUCAGCUGCUGGAACAGUAAUUCAGUUGGUAGCUGAGAACUGCAUAGCUUUUUCAGUGGAAGGUUACAUUUCUUUCAUCAGAGCUAGCUUGCAUUACAUAGCCUGCAAUCUGAAGCUUAUUUGCCUUUAGAUUUUAAUUCAAGUAACUGAAUAAAAGCUGUAAAUCUGUCUUCUGAAAGCACUACUUUGCUAUGUGAAAUAAAUGUGUAACCAAAGGAUAAUUCGCCACCCAUGCAGAUGGCGCUAGGCAACUUUCUUAACAACAGACUUGCAUACACCCCAACAAGAGGAAGGUAGAGUACAUAUCGAGUCCAACAGUGUUUUCUGCUGCCCUAUUCAGAAAUUUCAGGAUAAGGCUGAGUAUCUGCUGUCAAAGUGAGUUAACUGUGUUCUUAUUUCAGAUGAAGAUGGAGAUAUGAUUGCUUUUUCCAGUGAUGAAGAACUGAAGCUGGCCCUGCCCUGUGUGAAAGAUGGGAUUUUUCGCAUUUAUGUUAAAGGUAAUCUUAGCCAGUUUAGUAUUCUCUCUUAACUGCUUUUGGCAGCUAUCUUGUAAUGUAUUCUAGUAGUUAUAAUUCGUUCAAGAGGGGAAAACAUCCCUGCAUUUCACAGCUUUUGCACUACACAAAUUAAGACACAGCUUUUAACAAGCUAGUGUUUCAUGAGAAUGGCUGCUAUAGGAAAUAUCACUUGAGAGUAAGGCGAGACUCUAUGAACCCCAGUGAUUUAAUGGGAAUUUAUACUGCAUUGGCAAAACCAGUCUUGAAAACUAGAAAUUCACCCAGAGCCAGUACAAGGGUGGGUUUGUUGGCCACUACAUUUAAAUCCCUUGAAGUAGACUUCCCCCAUUUCUCAUUCUACCCUUAUUCUUUCAAUGACCAUUGUUCCAAGCUGUUUUUGACAUGUGUAAUUUUGUUUUUCAACUAAUACCAAUGUAUAGUUGGAAUGCAGCAGCAGUCUGAGGUGGUAGAGCCCAUAAACUAGGCCAAUAGGAGAUUAUGCCUUUCCCAUAGAAACUCUAGUAAAGGAGAUUUGUUGAAGAAUUGUAACAAGAAGUGUAUAGCUGAUCCAAAGUUUACAUGACCAGACUUCUUUGUUGUGCUCCAAGAGGCUUGAAAUUCCUCCUAACAAAGCUGUUGCGUACCAAUGGGGCACAAGCCACACACUAAAAGAAAGCUCAGUUGGACAGAAGUUGGCAGUUUCAUGCUAGAUUUCUGCAAGAAAUGAGACAUUGCCAGACACAUGGGAAAGGGUGAAUAUCCACCAGAACAGCAUCCUAAGAGAGGAAUGGUGAUAGGCUAAGAGAUCUAGAAUUUGCCUUCCCUAACUUUCCCCAAUAUUGGAAUUGGUGGUUUUAAGGCCUGAAAUAAGAAUGAGCAUUUAUAUUCAUAACCUAUGAGCACCCAUAUUUAGAACAUUCUAAAAUAUACAGAAUGGGUAUAACCCUCUGCUUAUCAUUGUUCCCUGCCCAUUCCUACCUGCAGAGCAGAUGUUGAAACCCCCAAAAUUGAGAAGGUUAGAACAGGAAAAGUUAUUGGUGGCCCUGAUGGAAAACUGAGUCUGGUUUUUUAAAAAAAGUUUUAGGAUAUAAUAGAGAAGGCAUUUUGCAGACUUGGAUAGCAGAGACUGCUGGUGAGCAAAGUAUAUCAAUAACAAUAAUCUUGGGUUACAAUAAGAGCCAUGCUGAGAAAAAGACUCAGUGGCUACUCUCCUUUGGAAAUAGAAAAAAACCUAAGUCAUAUGUAUCUCUGGUAAUUGGAACUCAUGGAUAUCUUGUCUGCUGGUACAAACUGUGCCAUGAAUAACAUAUUUGAAGAUUUAAAAAAAUCAGAGUUGGCUACAGUAGUCUGUGGUGCAACUUGAUAGGAAAACAAAGUUACGAUCACUCAAAACAAACAAGUCCUCGAUGAGCUGGGUUGUCAACAUUUCUGAAAAUGAUGCUUCAGACACUUUUUGCAGAAUGUGACUUUUACAUCUAUUGUCAUCCUUGUAUACAAAUACUGAUUUGACACUCUGUUCAUGGUUAUCCACACCACAAACACAUGGGAGAGAGGUAGUGGCAGGCACUAAAGGCUUUUAUGAGAAAUUGUUUAGUUCACUUCUGGGCAAAACAAAGUUGGAGGUGCAGGAGUGAAUAAAGUAUACACGCUUCCAUUUCUGUCCUUUUACAACUGUCUAGUUCUGCAGCUCGAUGGCUAUUGGUUCAUUUAUCUUGGGCAUAUUUCAGCAACACCCUGUGUUUGUGUCCUUCAGAGAAAAAGGAGCUGAAGCGUGACCACCUGCACCGCCAAUCCUGCAGCCAGGAGCGCCCACCGAACAUGGUGCAUCCCAACGUGAUCUGUGAUGGUUGUGAUGGCCCAGUUGCGGGUGCAAGAUUCAAAUGCACUGUUUGUCCUGACUAUGACCUGUGCAGUACUUGUGAGGGAAAAGGUAUCCAUAAGGAACAUAACAUGAUCAUGUUUCAGAGUCCAUUGCUCCAUCCAUUUGAGGUAAGUAACAUGAGGGAAAAGCAGUUGCCUGGAGGGGGCUGUAAAGAUCAUCUUGCCUAAGAUGAACUGCAACUAUUUUCUAAAGCGACAGUUACCCCUAACAGCGUGUUCUUUUAACCUUUAGUGGCUUCCCAGAGGUCGCUGGCUUCGUAAGAUGAAACAUGGUGUUUCACCUUUUGCGUGGAUGCAAGGCUGUGGUCAUCCUUGUCCUGCCCGCAAGUGUCAAAACCCUGGCCAGGCACAAGGUAGCACCACUUCUCAGAGUGCUGCUCCUGAGCAAGGUAUGCGUUUAACUUUCUGAUAACCAUAAUGGUGGCUGUAAAUGCAAAAUAAAAAGGUGCACACUGUCCCAAAUUCAUUGCUUUCAGGAACUUACUUUUGAAUAGAUGUGUUCAGGAUCUCCUUUUAGAAUGCUACACUGAGUUAUAAAUCAAAUCAUAAUUAGGAGCUAAAAGGAACUGAGUUUGUGAAUCCUUUUAACUUUACUGAUCAACUUUUCUCUUACAAGAUCUAUUAGUAACUUUCCCCCCCUUAUUAAAAACAGCUUCUAGCAGUCAAUCUCAAGAUCCCAAUGUCACCUUUUUGAAGAAUGUUGGAGAAAGUGUUGCUGCAUUUCUGGGUCCGCUUGGUAAGCAGUUGCUUUCAUCUGGCUAUCAUUGCCUGCUUUCAUCUAUGAUUUGCCUUCAUACUCUGCAUGUGAGCUUUCAGAAAUAUCAAAUGGUUUAAGUAGCCUUUUGUGGUUUGAUCAAUUGGGUCUCUUACUAGUUGCUUUCUGCCACUAUCAAAAGGAUAUGUGUUACAGUACCGUGCCUUUACGGUAUCUGUCACCUAUACAGGACAUGUGGGCCUUCUGUUUAGUUUGCCUUACCCUUUCCUCCCAAAUAGUUUUAUGUCAAAGUCUUCUAAUACUAUGGUUUAGCUUUGGGGGGCGGGGGGAGUGGUCCUAGCAAGUGUUUCAUUUGUGUUUAUCUUCUCAAAUACUAAUUGCCAUUACAUAGGAGAAACAAAAAGGCAAAAGUGGGCAUCUCCUGGGCCUGUGCUCGGAUGCUGGAGUUUGUUGAAGGUGACUGUCCUUCAGAUGUAUGACUGCACUGUGCAAAGGCAGACUAUAAAUACUUUAAGCUGUUGUAGAGCAAUGUAGUCCGAGGAGAAAGUUGGCACUGCAGGUCAGUCAGCAGUAGGUGAAUGUUACAGAAUAGCUGGCACAUUGUCCAUCUUCUCUCAUAUCAACCAGCUAUCAGUCUUCACAUUCUCCCCAGUGAUUGCUCAGUGGGAACAUGAAACUUCUGUCCACAAUUCCUGGACAAGGUUAUUGGAGAGCUACUUUUGUCUGACCUUCAGAAUAGCAAACCGUUGCCAUUCUAAGGGGGAGGGGGAAUCCAUCCGAGAAGACUGUCUUCAAAUCCCUAGAGAUGUAGAUGUAGACAGAAACAUAAAGUGAUUGCAGAUUACCACCAGCUUCCAACUUUUAAAUUGUUUUUCUAGGUAUUGAUGUUGAUAUUGAUGUGGAACAUGAGGGACAGAGGAGCAAAGUGUCACCUAGUACAGAACCUAGUUCUGAGAAGAGAGGUUCCAGUGACCAGACCGGACCAGAAGCAAGUACCAACAGCAAACCAGCUGCAGAUGCAGAUACUCUUACAGACCAGCUGCAGGAAAUGGCAGUACAUUCUCCUGCUACACAGAUGGAAGAGGAGAACCUCUUGUCAGAGGUACGAGUAUGAAGGUUAAACUGUCACUUCCGAAAUGUGCAGUCAGUAGGGUAAAGAUGUACACUGUUUACUGUAUGCUUGUCACUAAGAUCAGCACUGAUGCUUUUUAUAUUAGGAACUUAAAUUGAUCUUUUGUUUUCCUAUGCAAGAGAGUACUAAAUUUAUUUAGAGAUGGUCAUGAGUAGUGGUAAUCUUCUAGCCUCUGUACAAUAACAUACAACAGAAAAAAUGUAUUAUCUCCAAAGAAACUAAAGCUGCAAUCCUAACUCCGCUUAGGUGGGAGUCAGCCCAACUGAAUUCUGAGUAUGCAUGGUUACUUGGCAGGGCAUUCUUUGUUCGGUUUUCCUGGUGGACAUUAGGCUCUGAAAAGGCAACAUAUUGUAUACUUCUAGCUUCAGGGCUGGGUGGGGGGGGGGACCCAUGCUAGAUAUCCUGAAAAUAAUCAAGAGUAUAUAAUUGAGCAAGAGAUGUUUGGUAAGACAGGGUGAAAUCCAUUAUCACAUGUGGACUUCCACUUGCACAAGAGGACUUCCCACUGCAGCUCCUCACUUACACUUGUUCUGGAGGGUCUCCCAGUGUUGAGUGUGGAGGUGCUGGAGAGGCAGGAGGAAGUACUAUUGUACAUGUGGAAAUCCAUUUUUCUGGUGUAUGUUUAAAGCCACAGAUUAGUAACAUCAGCAUGUAUAGAAGGGGGUAGUUUUAGAUGUGAAGCUAGAUCUGUAAUACACACUGACGUGGCUAAAAUUUUCAUGGAAGGUUGUGGUUAGCAAUGUUGCAUUUGAUGUGUUUUCUUGGGCAUCAAAUGUCUGUUUAGCAGUCAUGGAAAAUCCGAGAGAAAGUAUACCUGCAAUAUUCCUUAAGGUGAGGGAGGCAGAGAACUUUAGUGUUGGGGAAUUAUAAGUUAGUUAUAGCCAGUGAGCAAUAUGUAUGUGCUAUUGGUAAGUAACUUCAUUAGGUGCAGGUCUUUUAAGGAGUACGUUGUGUUAUUCUAAAGCAGGCUCUCCACAUUGUCUUUGUGCAAUCCCAGGAACCAGCUGAAUCCAGCAGCAGUUCAGGGGCAGAUGAGGACUGGACCCAUUUGUCUCCAAAAGAAGUAGACCCUUCAACUGGUGAACUGCAGUCCUUACAAAUGCCAGAGAGUGACAACCCAAGCUCUCUGAAUCCAGCUGAAGCUCCCACUAACACAGGACCAACAGGACUGCGAGAGGCCGCACUCUAUCCUCACCUUCCACCAGGUAAAAAAAAAGACAUUGGAAGGCUAUAUACAGCUCUGGCAUGUUAGGAAAUCAAAUCCUGUUUGCCUUGGGUACAGACUAAUAUUACAUGUUACUUGCUGAAACCUGCAUCCCCUUACCCAAGAGUAAGUGCCACUGAACUCAGUGAGCUUAUGUCUGGAGUAGACAUGCAUAGGAUUGUAUUUGAGUCACAUCUCUUCAGUAGUAUUGUUUACAAGACAAAUUGGUCACUUGAACUCAAGUGAGUAGAAAGUUCGUUAGCUGCAUAUCGGUAUAAGCUUCCAUGACAACAUACAACUAAAAUACAACAAAACAAUAGCCCCAAAACCUAGUUUAUAUGAGCUGCUUAAAUUCCCAAGCAAAUGUUUUUGCCUGAUACCAGAAAGACAGGAACGCAGCCCUGUCUGCAGGUCUUGAGCUGUUCAGAGCUUUAUAACCAUCACGGGUUGCCAGGAUAACUAGAAAGAUUGUUACCUAAUCAAGGUCAGCCUCAGCUGGUCUUCCUAUUGGUAACUUUUCCUGAUAAAGCUUGUAAGGGUCCAGUUUUUAGAGAACACAACCUAGGCAUAGUCAGUUGCCCACACCAUCUUAAAACAUCCAGCUGUGGAUUUGCAAAUUGGGGAUGGGAUGUAGGCAAGGUUGUAGGAUAGCUGGGUCAACUAAUCCUAUUUCUACUUAUUUACAGAAGCAGACCCCCGUCUCAUUGAAUCCUUGUCCCAGAUGUUGUCUAUGGGGUUUUCUGAUGAAGGAGGCUGGCUCACUCACCUGCUGCAUUCCAAGAACUACGACAUUGGGGCAGCUCUGGAUACCAUCCAGUAUGCCAAGCAAGCAAAAACUUCCAAAUAG